AUGAACAUGCUAGGCACCGAUGGACGAAACCACUCCUCCGCGUCUGACUCGCACGGGCGGCCGUCGAAUUUGAGCAUUGGCCCUACAGACAUCUCUCAUCCUGACCCCUCCCUCUCGUUGUCCUCCUCCCCAAAGAUGCUGGCGGCCGAUGCUCCUAGUACCUUCUUUCAUGACUACUCGGAGCAAGAAGCCUCCCCUGGCUCCGCCACAUUUCGUCCCGGAACCGCCCAGACAUACACAAGUGAGCCGCUCGACUUGGAUUUCAAUGUUGACCACCGGAGACCCUCGGUAGCUAGUGCUAUGACUGCCAGUAGCCAAGGUUCGAAAUCCAGUACGGGUGCACUGUUCCGAAAGAAGCUGCAGGGGUUUUUCGGCGACGAAUACCAAGGCAAUGGAGAAUCCAAGCACGAUUCGGACAACAACACUCAGACGUCGAUCUCGAAGCCGUCGUCGAUCGACUACUUCAGAGCUCGAGAACGAGCCAAUUCAGAUGGAUCACGCAGCACCGCGGAUAUCUCACACGAUAGGAACCAUUCAAACCACACGAGACCUAAAACCCCUCUCCCGUCCAGCGAAAUAACCCCCUGGAUGUACCAAAGCUUCAACGAUAUACCUCAAUUCGGAGAGGCUCCCGUCCGCCAAGCGCCCACAACCGAAGGGCAGCGUGCGGCCGCGGCCCAAAGAGAUCCUAAUCGGAGACACUUUAGCGGCCACCGCCACUCUCGGAGCAAAGAAGAAAAGCCAACGGCGGCAGGUGAUCUUGCUGGCUACCCAGCCCGUCCGGCAACGGGGCGAGACGAUCUUUCGCUUGGACUUCACCCAUCUAGGGAAGGUAGUCUCAAUUAUCCGACUCCAAUGACCUCGACAACAACCCUGGGACGUGCCACCAGUCCUACACCCAGCGUUCAAAGUGCCUACGCCAAGGGCCAGGGCCAGAAUUCUCCGAAUGCUCAGCCGGGGAAACGUUCUUUCCUCGACAAGAUACGUCGCCCAAAGCAUGGACACUUGAAAAAUCUAGCGACCGGGAAAGCCGUGCAGGAAACCACCAAAGCUGCUGCAUCGAAAUUGGCACGGAGAGAAGCUUCUCCCGCCAGACGUGGGAGACAGGGAAGCAUUGAGAGUGCGACAUCUUCUAGGUAUAAUGACGGAGAAAGCGACCGGAAAAAGGAUAGUAAAGGCCUAGUGAUUGGCUCAUCUAAGCUACGCGCCCGGCGAGGUGCGGGCAAUGAGUACCCAGCUGGCAAAGACCCCAGGUUCUCAGAUGAUUCCAAUAUGUGGGCUCUCGACACAGACCUCUCGCAUAUGGAGGGCAUCGUCAACCCGCCGUCUCCAAGUGAACGGGGUCGGAUGCCAGAUGGAGCUUUCGCGCAGAUAGAAGAUCGGUCGAACCGAGAUAACCUCCCCGCCGGGAACUGGGAUGCGCCCGAGAGUUGGCAUGUUAAGAAGCAGAAGGAUGAUAUAUCAUCCCUACUGCCAGAUGAUGGCGUUGAGCAGCCUGGUCCGACCAUCUCCGAACCCGACGGCGUGGGUUAUUUCAUACGAGUGUUUCGCGCUGACUCGACCUUCGCGACUCUUUCGGCUGGUUUAUAUGCGACUGUUGCUGAUGUCCUCUUACUCCUCGGUCGAAAAUCUUUCCUCACUGAUCAUCUAAAUAAUUAUGAGUUAGUGAUGCGAAAGAAUGAUCUCUCCAGGCAGCUCGGCCCGAGUGAGAUGCCCAUUCUCAUGCAGAAGCGCAUGCUCGAACAAGUUGGUUAUACCGAGAAGGACAAGAUUGAGGAGAUUGGCCGCGAAGACCAUAGUUAUAUUCUUCGAUUCACCUUCCUCCCAGCCCGUAUUAGUGGCUACAGCAGUCUCGAGAGCGAGCCCGUCCUCAACAAAAACCAGAAAUUCAGUCACGUGGAUCUAUCGAACCGAAGCCUGGUCACUAUUCCGAUUACCCUUUACAAGAAGGCGCCCGAGAUCAUAUCAUUGAACCUCUCCAAGAAUUUAUCGUUGGAUGUGCCUAAGGAUUUCAUUCAGGGGUGUAUCAAUCUACGAGAAAUAAAGUUCAUCGGCAACGACGCUCUUCGAUUGCCUGCGAGUUUCGGCCUUGCAAGUCGACUGACAUAUCUUGAUAUAUCGAACAAUCGGAUAGAAGACUUGAGUCAUGCUAACCUGGAUAGAUUGCAUGGUCUUGUCAGCAUCAAGAUGGCCAAUAAUAGGCUAACAGAGCUUCCCGCCUACUUUGGCAAUUUCCAAUAUCUGCGGAGCUUGAACAUAUCAUCGAAUAACUUCCAAAUCUUUCCAGAGCUGCUCUGUGGCCUUAAGUGCCUUGUGGACUUGGACAUCAGCUUCAACAACAUUUCCCAAUUGCCUCACUUGGGGCGGUUGACGACACUCGAGCGAAUUUGGAUGACAAAUAACAUUGUGAGGGGUUCGCUUGAUGAUGUUUUCCGAGGUCUCGACAAUCUCAGGGAAAUCGACGCGAGGUUCAAUGAAAUCACUAAUAUUGACUGCCUUUGCCUCCUUCCACGGUUAGAGCAACUGGUCAUUGGCCACAAUGCCAUUUCGAAAUUCAAGGGAUCAUUUCCUAGAUUGCGGACUUUGAUCCUCGAUCACUGUCCCAUGACACAAUUCGACAUUGAUGGACCUGUUCCAACAUUAACAUCUCUGAACAUCGCUUCCGCAAAGCUGGUUCAGUUCAAGGACACGCUGUUCGAGCACCUGCCCAAUCUGCAGAAGCUGAUUCUUGACAAGAAUCAUCUCGUAUCAAUGUCGCCCCAUAUCGGAAAAUUGCGCAGGCUCGACCAUUUUAGCAUGAUCAAAAAUCCCCUGGCCUCGCUACCUGCCACCAUUGGCUGCUUGACCGAGCUCAAGUAUCUGAAUCUAAGGGAAUGCAAUCUUCGGCGACUGCCACCCGAGAUUUGGCACUGCCUCAGGCUGGAGACUCUGAAUGUUUCAUCAAAUGUGCUGGAAGGUUUCCCUAAGCAUGGCAGUCCCCAACCUCAGCUUCCACUUGACGCAGCUGCUGCAACACCUGCAGUGACACCAGGAUUGUCGAAUAAUCCUAACUACGAAGACCUCGGCGCAGUUGAUGAAAAGGAAGCACGCCGGCCAAGCCAAGCAUCAGGAGCUGGUGCACUUAGCACCGGAGGUUCACCAAACGGGACUGCUUAUCGAAAACCCUCUAUCGCCUCAUCAUUAGGCCAGGGGGGACGGAAAGUGUCCGCUGCGUCUCGUUCGCUCACUGAUGGAAGCCCGUCUUCCCGCAAAGACUCCAAUUUCUCACAACACGUUGCAACGACAUUUGGAGGAUCACUGAGGAAUCUCUACCUAGCAGACAACCGAUUGGAGGACGAUAUUUUCCGAGAAUUAUCGCUGAUCCCGGAGUUACGCGUCGUCAAUCUUUCCUACAACGAAUUGACAGAGCUUCCUCAAGGAUUAUUGCGACGUUGGCCAUUGUUGACCGAGUUAUACCUUUCGGGCAACGAGCUCACCUCCCUCCCGUCCGAUGAUCUCGAAGAAGGCAGCAACCUCAAGGUCCUGCACAUCAAUGCGAACCGAUUUCAAGUCCUUCCGGCCGAACUCUGCAAAGUCAGCAAGCUUGCAAUUUUGGAUGUUGGAAGCAAUGCCCUCAAGUACAAUGUCUCUAACUGGCCGUAUGACUGGAAUUGGAAUUGGAAUCGUAACCUGAAAUACCUCAACUUCUCCGGUAACAAACGAUUGGAGAUCAAACCUCAUGCGUCCUCAUUGGGAACGCCCAUCACACCUGGAACAGAUUUGACUGACUUCAACUCCCUGACGCACCUCCGCGUUCUCGGCUUGAUGGACGUCACCCUCACAAUCUCCACAAUACCCGAAGAGACAGAGGAUCGUCGUGUCCGGACUUCCGCUUCCCUAGCUGGGUCUCUUGCAUACGGUAUGGCCGAUUUUCUGGGCAAAAGCGAACAUCUUUCUAUCUUUGAUAUGAUUGUUCCUCGACUCAAGCCCGACAAAGUGGAGACAGUGGUAGGGAUGUUUGACGGUCAGUCUCAGUCUACUGGAGGAUCUAGAAUCGCCAAAUUCUUGCACGAGAAUUUCAUAAACACAUUCUCAUCCGAGCUCAAACGGAUUCGGACCGAAGACUUGGAGACCCCACUAGAUGCACUCAGACGAGCAUUUUUGACCCUAAAUAAGAACAUGGCAUCUGCGUGUUACAAAUCGAUUGACCAAGAUGUGCGUCACUACCAGGAAGAUCCUGCGGAUCAGAAGAAGGUUCGGUUGAACAAGGAGGAUGUUCAUUCAGGCGGAGUUGCCACGGUGAUCUACUUGAAUAACAUGGAUCUGUUUGUUGCCAAUGUUGGGGAUGCACAGGCUAUCCUUGUCAAAUCCGAUGGCUCGUUGAAGCAUUUGACCCGAAACCAUGAUCCUGCAGAAUCCCACGAAAGGGCAAGGAUUCGCGCUGCAGGCGGAUUUGUCUCCCGCAACGGUAAACUGAAUGAUACCCUUACUGUCUCAAGAUCGUUCGGCCACUUCCAGAUGAUGCCUGCAGUUAUCGCGGCACCCCACACGAUGCAUCUUAAUCUCACAGAACAGGAUGAGAUGAUCAUUCUGGCGUCAAGAGAACUGUGGGAUUAUGUGACUCCGGACCUUGUUGUGGAUGUCGCUAGAGCUGAGCGAAGAGAUCUCAUGAUAGCUGCACAAAAGAUCAGAGACCUCGCUAUUUCAUUUGGAGCUAACAAUAAACUCAUGGUCAUGAUUUUGGGCGUGAGUGAUCUGAAGAAACGGGAGAAGAUAAGGUUGAGACCCAGCCUCUCCAUGGUCGGACCUCCCGAGGAUCAAAUCAUACCCAGUACGAAGCGUACCAAAAAACCGCGUGAUACCCCUGGCGAUUCCAGACUCGCACGCUUUGACUAUGUGGACGCUCCUGUUGGAGAACUCGCUAUCAUUUUCACCGAUAUCAAGAAAUCCACAAGCCUCUGGGAAACUUGCCCGGACGCGAUGCGCUCAGCUAUCCAGAUUCAUAACGACAUUCUCCGUCGUCAGCUGGGUAUCAUCGGUGGCUAUGAGGUGAAAACGGAGGGUGACGCUUUUAUGGUCGCGUUCUCGACAACUACGGCCGCUUUGCUUUGGUGCUUUAACUGCCAGACGCAGCUUCUGGAAGCGGAGUGGCCAACCGAAAUUCUUGAACAGCCACAGUGCCAGGUUCAGUACGACAUGGAGAACAACGUAAUCUUCCGCGGGUUGUCCGUCCGCAUGGGUAUACAUUGGGGUGAACCUGUUUGCGAAAAGGAUCCGGUGACCAAUCGCAUGGACUAUUUUGGUCCAAUGGUCAACCGUGCCUCACGUAUCUCUGCCGUCGCAGAUGGUGGACAGAUCUUUGUGUCCUCAGAUUUCAUGAGUGACAUUCAACGCAACUUGGAAGUAUUUGCUGAUAGCGAACGGGCUGCCUCGACUGGCUCCGAAGAGAGUUAUGCUGUGGACAACCUGGGGUAUAAUAUCCGACGCGAGCUACAGCAGCUCAAUAGCCAAGGCUUUGUGAUUAAGGAUCAGGGUGAGCGAAAGCUGAAGGGCCUUGAGAAUCCGGAGCCGCUCUAUUUGAUCUACCCCCAUUCACUCUCAGGGCGUCUGACGACCUUGGACAAGGAUGCGUCCAAUGAGCAUGCCCCAACCACCAUCAGCAAGCACUCGCAGCUCGAGAUCCAAACGGAUCUCAUCUGGCGGCUGUGGGAACUGACUCUCCGGAUAGAGAGGCUCUGUGGCGCCUUGGAGUAUCCUGGUGAAGUCCGACUCAAGGAACCGAACGUUGCCUUGUUCAACGUUGUGAAGAACCAUGGCGGCGAACUUGCAGAUUCAACUGUGGUCAGCCUGGUGGAACAACAGGUGACGCGUAUCGAGGUCUGCGUCAACACUCUGUCCAUUCGGCACAUGCUGCGACCAUUCAAACCAGGCGAUCAACUCAGUGACCAUGCCACGCCCAUUGCUGAUCUCAUGCAAGAAUUGCAAAACCGGCUUGAAGAGUACCGUGUUCUCAAGGAACAGGUAGCUGUUAGUGCGGGCACUAGAACAAGCCACAGAUGA